ACCUUGUUUUACUUGAUUUCUCUAUUCUUUCCGGCAACGUCGGUUGCAAAGAUGACGGGAUUUAGUGAGAAGGCGAUUCUCAUCGACGGCAGAGGCCACCUGCUGGGUCGUCUUGCUGCCAUCGUGGCCAAGACCAUCCUCCAAGGCAACAAGGUAGUUGUUGUCAGAACAGAACAGAUCAACAUUUCUGGUAACUUCUUUAGGAGUAAAUUGAAGUACUUGGCGUUCCUACGCAAACGCUGCAAUGUCAACCCUGCUCGUGGACCCUUCCACUUCAGAGCUCCCAGCGCAAUCCUUUACAGGACCAUCAGAGGUAUGAUUCCACACAAGACAAAGCGCGGUAAAGAGGCGUUGAAGAGGUUCAAGGCUUUUGAAGGCUGUCCGCCCCCAUAUGACCGCCGCAAGCGCCUUGUGGUGCCGACAGCCAUGCGAGUCAUGUGCCUGAAGCCUGGCCGCGCCUACUGCCACCUGGGGCGUCUGAGCCACGAGGUCGGCUGGAAAUACAAGGACGUCGUCCGUGCUUUGGAGACCAAGAGGAAGGUUAAGGCUGUGUUCAGCAUCAGACGAAGGAACGGUCUUAAGAAACUGACUAAAGAAGCUGGAAAGAAGGUCGCAAAGCAGACCAAACAUUUUGACAACAUCAUCAAGUCUUACGGUUACGGCCACGUGUAAACCAUGUAAUAAACUUGUUUAUUUUACAA